UGAGGUUUCAAAUCAAUACAUUGAGAAAAAAACAGAGUAACUCUUUUUCUCUUUCUUCAAUUCUUCUUCAAACACAUUCAUUCAUUCACACACACUUACACACAAACACACUUGAAAUGGAUUGUUCCUUCAUACCCUUUUCAUCAAAAUCCAAUUUUUUUCCACAAUCUUCAUUUGGGUCACAAGAUUCAAUCUCAUUGAAUCCAAAGAAUCACCAUGAGUUUCUUCCCUUCAAUGAAAAUGACCCAGAAGAGAUGCUUCUAUAUGGCAUGAUAGCAUCAUCAUCAUCAUCACAACAAAAACUAAUCACAAGUAGCAAACAAACAACAACUACAAACAACAACAAAGAGAAGAACAACAAGUCCUACCGAGGCGUGCGAAGGAGACCGUGGGGGAAAUUCGCGGCCGAAAUAAGGGAUUCGACAAGACAUGGAAUAAGAGUUUGGCUUGGAACAUUUGAUAGUGCUGAAGCAGCAGCAUUAGCUUAUGAUCAAGCUGCUUUUUCAAUGAGAGGUUCAUCUGCAACACUUAAUUUUCCAAUUGAAAAGGUUAAGGAAUCACUUAGAGAAAUGAAUUAUGUGUUGUCUAGUGAUGAUGAGUGUUCCCCUGUUAUUGCUUUGAAGAGAAAACAUUCAAUGAUGAGACGUAAAAUGGAUGAAAAGAAGAAGAAACAUGAGACAGAUGUUAGCAUAGAUAAUUUGGUUGUGUUUGAAGAUCUUGGUGCUGAAUAUUUGGAACAAUUGUUGAUGUCUUCUGAUGAUAAUCAGAAUACUUGGUGAAUCAAGAUGAUUGAAAAAUAUGUAGUAAUUUGUAGCCAUUAUUUAAAUUAUUUUGUUAAUCUUUAUUAUAUUGAUAUAAGUGUUUAUUCAA